AUGCUCUGGACUCUCUGUUUUGAAACGAUCAGCUGUAUACAUUUUCUACUGACACACAGCGAUUCGAAUUCACCACUGACUGGGCCCUAUAUGAAGUACGAGCUAAACUCUUCUUUGAUCUACGAUGAGUACGUCAUCUCAUCACGUGCGUUCCGAGGAUCACUGAGGCCGAGCUUGACCACCGAUUCUGAAUCUCCGGCGUCUAAGUAGCAGCAUAAAUCACUCUCCUACCAGACAAUCGAGAACAAGCACGGUGAUCUGGGGGAUUUCGUGCUUCCGAUUAGUGACAACGCGGACACCACGACUGAAACGAAGGGUGAGCUGAACGCGUCCUCCCAGGAACUCACAGCACCCGAACAGGACACAUUGGCGGAGACAAAUAUCUGUGAGCAGCUGGUCAAUGACAACUUCCAGCUCAUGCAAACGACUGCGUUUCACGAUGACUCGAAAGGCAUCAUCACGGAAGCAAUUAGCGUGCUGAAAGACCAAUCGACACGGAUCGUUACGAAUCUGGACUGUUGGAACGGUAGCACAUUCAAAGAGUACGCUGACGAUGACCACCGGACUGUGAAUCAGCUUGAACUGGAGAGCGUCGAACAGCUACUGGUAAGCGGGCAGUAAGAGAUCGAUGCACAGCUGGCACAGUUCGCGCUGCAGAAUGCCCCACAGGACAAAAUGCUGAAGCUGGAUUCGCUACAGAAGUGGAGCAAGUGCAUUCACCCGUCGGAUGACUUCUUUCAGGCGCGCUACACGGAGCGGAAUCUACGGGAGUGCUUCCAGCGUAUUGCUGGUGCUAGCCUGUUGACGUGCUUCCCGAAUGAAGUGCGUUAUCGCGUGGGUGCGGUGUUGGAACGGAGUUCUUACUUUGCGGAGGAGGCUUGUCGGAGGCGCUUGGAGGUGUUGGCACAGGUGCGUCAUCCGAUGGUGGCUUCGCUGAUAGCGGUGUCGUACGAUUCGGCUUUCAAACAAGCCACAUUACUGAUGGAACUGUGCGAUUUUACGAUCUUCGAUUUCAUCCACAAGAUGAAUAAGCGUCUGUUGCUAAUGCACGCCGUGACUGUUGUCCAGCGGAAUGUUUCUGCCGUGGGCUACCUGCAGGAGUGUGGUUAUGUCCUCUUGAACAUCUCGAACAGUUGCAUCCUAGUGAGACGCUAUCCAUACUCCGUGAAGCUAACGUCGUUCGAGCUGACCACUGAUGCGGUCUCGGAUGCGUUACAGUGUGAGAUUGAACAACGCUACGGCAGCACGUCGUCGUCUCGGAACUCCAUGACCUCAAAGCAGCAUGAUCAACCCCGAGCGGAUCAGGAGAUCUCUACGUAUGCGCGGUUGAUCAAGAACGACGAGCAGUUCCUGCGUAACAAAUACCGCAAGUCAUCGUUGGAAACCUGGGAGAACCGUUACAGAGCACCCGGUGGCCAACCGUCAUUUAGUGACAUCAAUGGAUACGGUUACCGGGCAACCCGGUUUCUACCAUACUGCGAAGAAUACCUGGAGAAGUUCUUGACGUUCUUCUACUUCGCUCCAAAGCUGCUCGUACCGAAGGCAACCUUUGUCUAUCCGAUCAAAGGCAUCGACGUGCACUCGAUCGUACUGCUGGUGUGGGAGAUCCUACACAAAUACGUCCCAUUCGUGGUGUAUUGUCGAGUGAACCAGAAGUACCACACAUUUGUCGAUCCACCGUCACCGAUGUUCGAGAAGGAACGCAUUGAACGCUUCCGGCAGAUUUUUGAGGAUGGCCCAAGGGAUUUGAGUAACCGGAAGAUGACCAUGGGCAACGUUGUGGACCUGCUGGACUGCUUGCCGACCGAACCGGGUAUGGAGAUGAACGGCACGUACGACUGGCUGGCGGAGGACUAUGAGGAGCGCAUAAGUUCGACGGAGGGGCUGCUGACAAACGCCAUGAACGACGUUCGGAAGCAAAGUACACACGUUGAGAAGACGGACAAAAUCUACUUCCAGACGGAGGAGUUGGAGCUGAUCGUGAACUCGCGAUCGUUGGCAGACGUUCCGGUUGAAGAUGAAGCCGAUUCCCCAUUAACUCCAAAUCACUUCAUUUUAGGAAGUUCGAACGGAAGCAAGCCACCGCCACCGUUCGAUGAUUCCAUCCAAAUCACACGUAGGUCUUGGAAAGCAGCACAAUGGUUCACGGAUAUAUCCUGGAAGAGAUGGGUGAACGAAUACCUACCGACGCUGACAAGACGAUUCAAGUGGUACCAGCCGACCAAGACGCUUGAAGAGGGGCACUUGGCAUUAGUAAGCCAGCCGUAA